AUGAAAACCAAAUCAUCCGCAAGCAAAAAUAAGAAAUGCGGUUCAAUGCCACAAGUGACUCCAAGAUUUCCGCCCGAUAUAACCGCAAUAAACCUGAUUGAAAAAGCCAUAACCAAACUUGACAAUACUGGCCAAUUAUCCAGGGUACCCAAUGCUUUUAUCGCUUAUCGUAUGGCUUUCUGUAAGGAGCUUGGCUCAAUGAAACAUCCGGUGAUUACUCAACCGAAGCUUUCAUCAAUGGUUAAAGACUCUUGGGCAAAAGAACCGGAAAAUGUCCGAAAAGAAUAUCAACGAAUAGCUGCAGAAGCCAGAGACAUUUAUCGACAAAUGUGUCAAGAAAGGCUUCCUUCUUUUAUCGAAAGUGAAUAUCAAUCACAAUUCACAUAUGACAAUCUUAUUUCGCAAACCAUUCCACAACCUUAUACAUGUAAUUUUUAUGAUCCAUUUGCAUUCCCUUCGAAUUCGGAUAAUCUUACCAUCCCCUUUUCCUCUACAACACAAGACUAUUCAAAUUCACCCUUUUCAAACAAUGAUAAUUUAGACGAUUCCACUUCUUCCCUUUCCUCAAAUUAUGAUUCUUCUAUUUUACCACAAGUUAAUUGCGAGUUUUGCAAAGGAAAAAUUCAAUCUCUUCAAGAGAAAAUCCAAACAUUAGAGCAACAACUUGAAAAACUAACCGAUAUAGUUUCUGCGAAAUCCAUAUUAAAUUGA